UCUCUUCUCCGACUCCAUACCUGUUCCUUCUGUCCUCUCUGCAUUUUCCCUUUUCUUUCUCUGCAAUAUCCAAAACAAGACAACAGAGCAAAAGAAAAAUAGAGAGAGGAAAUGACAAUGGCGGUGACUUACAAGUGGCGUAUUUGUGUAUGUGCGGCGGUGCUUGUGGUGAUGUUUACCGGAGUCGCAGCAACUGUUCGGAACGACGGGAUCUCUGGUCGUAUAAGGAAUGUAGAAACAGAGUGGAAGCAGAGCUCAAAAAACUCAUCAAUGGCGGCGAGUUCCGGUGAAGACACUGAGAUCUGGAAAAAUGAGCAUGCAGUUGAUGAUCCGGAAGAGGUGGUUGCCAUGGUAGAGAUGAGCAUCCGCAACAGCACUGAAAGAAGACAGCUGGGGUAUUUCUCAUGUGGAACAGGCAAUCCAAUUGAUGAUUGCUGGCGUUGUGACCCCAACUGGCAGAAAAACCGCAAGCGCCUUGCUGAGUGUGGCAUUGGUUUUGGAAGAAAUGCAAUCGGAGGCCGUGAUGGUCGUUUUUACGUUGUUACUGAUGCUGGUGAUGAUGACCCUGUUAACCCAAAGCCUGGAACUUUGCGCCAUGCUGUUAUCCAGGAUGAACCUUUAUGGAUUGUGUUCAAAAGGGACAUGGUGAUUCAAUUGAAGCAGGAACUUAUCAUGAACAGCUUCAAGACUAUUGAUGGCCGUGGGGUCAAUGUCCACAUUGCUAAUGGAGCUUGCAUCACCAUCCAAUUUGUUACCAAUGUGAUAAUUCAUGGUCUCCACAUUCAUGACUGUAAGCCCACUGGUAAUGCUAUGGUUAGGAGUUCGCCGAGUCACUUUGGUUGGAGGACAAUGGCUGACGGUGAUGCUAUUUCUAUUUUUGGAUCAAGCCACAUUUGGGUUGACCACAAUUCGCUUUCACAUUGCGCUGAUGGCCUAGUUGAUGCUGUCAUGGGUUCAACUGCCAUUACUAUUUCCAACAACCACUUCACCCACCAUAAUGAGGUUAUGCUCUUGGGCCACAGUGAUUCCUACACAAGAGAUAAGCAAAUGCAAGUGACAAUCGCCUACAACCAUUUUGGAGAGGGACUCAUUCAGAGAAUGCCACGUUGCAGACAUGGUUACUUCCAUGUGGUAAACAAUGACUAUACUCACUGGGAGAUGUAUGCAAUUGGUGGAAGUGCAAAUCCUACCAUUAACAGUCAAGGCAACAGAUAUAAUGCACCAUUUAACCCUUUUGCUAAAGAGGUGACAAAGCGAGUGGACACAGCUACAAGCCAAUGGAAGGGCUGGAAUUGGAGGUCAGAGGGUGACCUUCUGCUGAAUGGUGCUUAUUUCACACCAUCAGGAGCUGGAGCUUCAGCUAGCUAUGCUCGUGCUUCAAGUUUGGGUGCCAAGUCUUCUGCGAUGGUUGGAACGAUGACUGCUAAUGCUGGUGCUCUGCCCUGCCGCAGAGGUCGCGAAUGCUAAUAUACUUUGAUCAAUUAAAUUGGUCAAAAUAGGCCAACUAAUAUCUGCAUUUUUAUUUCUCAUCCAAUUGUUUCUUUCCAGUCUUUUCUGCAUUACCAAAUAUAUUGGCAAGUGUACAUUUUUUACACAUGUCAUCAUCAUAUUGUCACACCCAUAUUUUCAUGUCACCAAUCUGGCUUGUCUGUCUGUUGUUUCUCAACCUCGGCCUGCUUCGUUUCAAAACCAAAAAUCCCAAAACCAUUAUUUCUAGGAGCAAGGUGCAGAAGCGUUGUUCUUCUUUUUGAAGUUUUUUCUUUUGCCCCUUUCAGUUGCCCCACGUCUCUCUCUUCUAAGUUCUAACUACCUUUCAUAUGCCUUUUCCGAGUCUAAUGUUUCAGUUUGUCCAGUCUUUUGAGUCUAUAGGAUUUGAAUGAAUAUGUGUUUUUUUUUUUUUUUUUUAAUUUUUUGUCUAGUGAUGAUACAGAGCAAUAGCAUGGAUUUCAAUUUCAAUUUAUGGAAAAAAAAAAGAACUUUGUUAUAGAUGAUGCAUUGAUAUAGCAGUUGUGCUCUUUUAUCUUUUUCACCUUUUUUGCUAUUUUUUUCCCUUGUGUUAAUGGAAGCAACAUUCCUUACUUUAA